CGUCCUCCUCGCUGGGCAGCCGCCGGCGACCCGCGAGGCCAAGGGGCGUGGGACACCCCGCGGGCACGGCGGGCAGCAGGCGGCCCGCCCCGGACCGGAGGGUUGGGGUGGCGGCCGCCGCGCACGUGUCUGUCGUCAAUGGCGACAUCGUACCGACGUCGCGUCGAUGUCACCCUACCGUGUCGUCGAAGUAAGUAACCGAAGCUACCGGAUAAAAAUAUCGACAUGUAAGCUGACGCUGACCCGUGUACGCGAGGCGCUGCGCCGCGCCGAAGAGCGGCCCCAGGAGGUUCGCGGCGAACCGCCACCCGGGCGACGAGGACGCCGUCAGGAGGCCAUCCCGGAGCCAGCGCCCCCAGGUGGCUGCAGCAGCGCGUGUGGAAGUAAAACAACUUUGUCUGUCGGCGCAUUGCCCCGUCCUGGUACCGCCGCACCACGCCAUAUGUGUGCUGCUCCACAGUGAAAUGACGGUAAAAACAAUAUCGAAAUUUUGCCUUUUCGAUAUCGUUUUGACAUUUUGACAUCGUUUCGGUGUGUAGUGUAUCGCACGGUGUCUGUACCGAUGUGACAGCGCCGGCCGUGGUGACCUGUGCCCUCGCACCGGCACCUCCAGCCGUCCUCGCCGUCCUCGCACAGGCCGCCGUUCUCGCACGGCAGCGAGCAACACGAGCGCGCCCACCCGCCGGUCCGGUUGUCCGCCGGGGCCGCAGGGCCGCCGACGACGUGGGGCUGACUGUUUCGCAUCGACGGAGGCCUCCUGGAGGGUAGCAUGGAGGCGGCCAGGACGCACCCCACCAACGCCACCCAGGCCCAUGCCGACCCCGGCCGCCACCCAGUGCCCACGAGGGAAGACCCGCCUGGCAGUGUGCAAGCCUUUUUCGCUGCCAUGGCAGAAAUCUCUCUCUCUCUCUCUCCCCUUUUAUGAAGUUUCGGGAGGAACUUUUUUUGUUGUUUCCAGGUGCGGUUUCCCUUUGCAACACUGCUCCCCUGCGGCCUGAUUGUCUGCUGUUGCCGUGUUGACAAUGCCCCCGGGACGGGAGAUACGUUAAUCCCUCCCGCUGACGUUGUCGGGCUGCUCCUGCUCCCGCAUUAGCACGGGGGCGGACUAUAGCGUCCCGUAGACAAAGCGAUCCACCCCCGUUGAUAUGGCGGCCGCCAGGUCCACGACGAGGAAGGCGUCCGCGACGGCGGGGUCCUCGUCGGCCAUCAGGGUGAGCGGUGAGGCGCUGCCGCCCGGGCGACGGUCGGCGCCGCAGGGGUUGGAACCGGAAAAGCUGGACUCGUGGUUCGAGGGCGUGUCGCAGCCGUCGCGCCGCAUCCAGGACCUGGUGAGGCGGAAGCGCGAGCGCCACGACGGGCUGGUGCGGCAGCUGCGGCAGGAGCUCUUCCGGGAGCGGAGCGCCGCCGAGAGCACCGUGGCCUUCAUCUCCGCCAACCUGCGCACCGAGCUGGACAAGGCGUCCCUCAUGGUGAAGCUCAAGGGGCAGGAGGUGGCCGGGCUGCAGCAGGCCGACGCCCGCGCCUUCGCGGAGGCCGUGGCCGCGGCCGGCGACGUGGUGCAGCAGCUCACUGAGCAGCGGCGCCGCGCCGUCGACGCGUUCUACGACCUGCUGCUCGACGUGGAGGGCGAGCACCAGAAGCGCGCCAAGGGCGCCCUCAAGAAGUACGGCGCCGCGCUGGCCUCCAACGGCCACCUCCCCCCGCACCGGCUGCAGCCCGUGCUCGACGCCGAGAGGAAGGAGGUGAGCGAGCUGCAUCUGCGGCAUGUCAUCAGUUUCGGGGACCUGCGCCUGUGCCUUAACAUGCACGCCGAGCGAGACUGCCGCCGCUUCAGGGAGGCCGUGGAGAACACCAAGCGCCUGGCCAGCGAGCAGCGGCAGCGCGGCGCGCUCACGGCCAUACAGUCAGUGCUGCUCAUGGGCGUGCCCCACGCAGUCAGCUACACCCAAGUGCAUAGAUGAUAUCUGUAUUAGUAGUUUACAAAUAUUUUCAAAAUACAACAAAAAUAUUACACGUUAUUUCGCAUGUUUGUCAUUACAUUCGAACACUAGUCUAAGACAAAGUGCUUUAACAAUGAACGACUCAAUGAUCUCCUUGCAGGGAAGCGGGAAACAAAGCAUUAGAU